AACAAUCCUGGGAGCUUCCUACUGGGAACUUCAAGGCCACAGCUGUAGAGAGGAACAAAGGGCUUAGUGGGGGAAAUGCAAGCAACCAGGGAAAAAGUGAAUUUUUAGCAGGGACAGCCUCAGAGGAUGAGUUAAUAUAAGGGUAAGCUGAAGUGCACUGAGUGAUCUGUGUAGCAGUGCAGCUCACCUCUCCUUCCCCUUGCUUGUCUCUGUUUCCUCUUCCCCUAUCAUGUCCCUCUGCCUCCCUGCUCUGGCUCCCAUUUGGGAUGCUGCCCAAGCUGCCUCACCACCUGCCUGGCGCUCAGUGUUGUGCAUCCUGGCUGAGCUGGGCUCCAGCCCUCCUGUCUCUCCUUUCUGAGAGACGAAGUACAGACGUGCAGGGCUGAAUGCAGCCACCAUCAUGCUUUCUUCCUCAGCAGGAGGGAGACCUGAUGGGUCUGGGGUGAGCAAACACUGGGAAUACCAACAGACAGAUCAAAGUGAGUGCAUCUCCUUGGGUGCUUUAGACAACAUGCUGAUGUAAGGGAGCUGCUGCCAGGUAUACGAUCUUCUUAUGAUCUCUGACUGUUGGCUUACAAGAAGAGGACCAAGUGACCAUGACUGAGAAGACCCAGGAACCUCAUGUGGAGGAGGAUGAUGACGAGCUGGAUGGGAAACUGAACUACAAACCUCCUCCACAGAAGACACUGCAGGAGCUGCAAGAGUUGGACAAAGAUGAUGAGAGCCUCACUAAGUACAAGAAGUCUCUGCUGGGAGAUGGACCUGUGGUGGCAGACCCAACAGCUCCCAACGUGGUGGUCACCCGACUCACCCUGGUGUGUGACUCUGCUCCAGGGCCAAUCACUAUGGACCUUACAGGUGACCUUGAAGCGCUCAAGAAAGAGACCUUUGUAUUAAAGGAAGGAGUCGAAUACAGAGUUAAGAUCCAUUUCAAAGUAAACAGGGACAUUGUGUCAGGACUAAAAUACGUGCAGCACACCUACCGAACAGGAGUGAAGGUGGACAAAGCCACAUUUAUGGUUGGCAGCUAUGGGCCACGGCCAGAGGAGUAUGAAUUCCUGACGCCUAUUGAAGAAGCUCCUAAGGGGAUGCUGGCUCGAGGCACCUACCACAACAAGUCCUUCUUCACGGAUGAUGACAAGCAUGACCAUCUCACCUGGGAAUGGAAUCUGUCCAUCAAGAAGGAAUGGACAGAAUGAGUGCACCCCAUUUGCCUUCCCCCUUCCCUUCCCUUUGCCUCCUGCACCAGUCUCCAGGUGGGCCAUGCCCACCACGCUGCUCCAUCCUGCCACCAUGGCCAGCCACAGCCCUUGCAGCUCUCCUCAUGGGUGCUGGGGCUCUGUGCCAGCCUUGGUUGAUGCACAGGCCUGCAGGUGGCCUUUGCUGCUUCUUCUGAUACACUGAAAAUAACCCACCCAUUCUCACCACCACCCCAUCAUGACAUGCAAUGGAUUAAAUUGGGAAGCAUAUCCUGCCCUUUCUCCCAGUACUUCCUCUUGCUGCCUCCAUCUCUCCUUCUAUACCAACUCUGGUCCCGGGAAGUGCCUUUUCUAGGAAACAAGACCACCUCGCCAGCUCCUUGAGUCUCCUGGCAGGGCAGACUGGUCCCUGGAAAAUCCCUCUCUGAGUUACACUUGCCAUAUGCCCUGACUCAUUGUAAAUGGCUACUUAUAUCUCCCAUGAUGGUCUCCUGGUUUGUAUCUGGUGCCCCACCCCAUUGAAAUCCAUCCUUGUGCAGGCAAAACCAGUCAGGGGGAUGCAGCUAGAUGCUGUAACAAGACAUCAGUGUCUCAAGAAUAAAAAUGAUUUCUUUCUUCUUCUCUGCA